AUGGCAUCGACCCAGCCCAGCCCCAAGAGAACGUGCGUUCUGCAGAUGCUCGCCAUCCUGAUGUGUCUUGUCCCGUCUCACUCGCCAAUCACAUCCCCCCUUCCCAACUGCUCGUCCGCCAAAGCUCCCCAUGUUGGCCCCGGGCGUCUCGCCGAGCUCUCGGGCCAGCGCGUGGCCACGGCCUAUCCUGCUCCAACGGGCAUGGCGCCACCUCAAAAGGAUCGAGACACCUGA